UUCCUGGCCUCUGGGUUAUUUUAAGUUUAUUGAGAACUUUCCAGUAAGAAAGAAAUAAUGGUUGUUGAUGCCAAGCGCGGCCCAACAAAGGCCAACCCCACUCUCUCUCUCUCUCUCUCUCUCUCUCUCCGCCCAAAAAAAACAAAAUAUCUACAAAUUUAAGAGUGCCUCUGACACCUCCCCGUGAAGGCACUCCCGAAAGCCCUCUCAGCAAAACUGAAAAGCACUGCCAGACAAAACACCGAAAGCUACCCUCUUCUCUCUCGUCUUCCAACCAUCGUCGGAAUCCAAGACCUCAUCAAUGCCCGACGCUCCAUCGGCGUAGCAUUGACCAUAUAUAGCGCAUAUGGGUAGAAUCUGUUUUUGGGCAUUUUCUCUGUUCCUCUUAGUUUCGGUUGCUCAGCUGUUCUUUCCGGCGGUGGACUCCAAGACGUAUUGGGAAGACAUCGAAGCUUUGAAGGAGCUCAAGAACGGGCUCGACCGUGGCUCUGUGAGUCCCGGGUCCUGUCUGAGCUCCUGGAACUUCACCGUCGAUCCUUGCGAUAAUCUCUUCGGCGAGCGAUUCACCUGCGGCUUCAGGUGCGACGUCGUCGUCUCCGGCACCAGCCGGGUUACCGAGCUCAGCCUCGACCAGGCGGGUUACGCCGGCAAUCUCACCUCCGCCGCCUUGAACCUCCCUUAUUUAGAGACUCUCGACCUCUCCGGCAACUAUUUCGCGGGCUCCAUACCCGACUCGCUGCCCAACCUCACUCGCCUCCGGCGACUGGGUCUGUCUACUAACUCGUUUUCUGGCGAGAUACCCGCCUCGAUCGGCUCUCUGUCUAAUCUCGAGGAGCUCGCCCUCGACAGCAAUGGCUUCCAAGGCACGAUUCCAGCGAGCCUCAACGGUCUGACGCGCCUGAAAAGGCUACAACUCCAAGCGAACAAGCUCUCCGGCGAAUUCCCCGACCUGAGCUCUCUAAAGAAUCUCUUCUUGUUAGACGCCAGCGACAAUGCCAUCUCCGGAAAACUCCCGGCGAAUUUCCCGCCGUCUGUGGUCCAAAUCUCAAUGAGAAACAACAACUUGUCGGGACUCAUCCCCGAAAAGAGCAUCGAACAUUUGGGUUCUCUACAAGUAAUGGAUCUAAGCAACAACAUUCUCACCGGCGCCGUCCCGUCCGUUCUGUUCACGCACCCGUCACUUCAGCAGCUCACUCUAUCCUUCAACCGGUUCUCCUCCGUACAAGAGCCCGGCAAAACCGCUGCCGGUAAAAGCGGGCUUAUCGCAGUAGAUAUAAGCAACAACGAGCUCCGGGGACUCCUGCCGGCGUUCUUGGGGUUAAUGCCGAAACUCACCGCAGUGUCUCUGGAGAAGAACAAGUUCACGGGUAUGGUUCCGAUUGGAUACGCCCUGAAGGCGGUAUUUCCGGGCGCAGGAGUGUCGCCGUUGGGACGACUGUUGCUCGGCGGAAACUACCUGUUCGGGCCGAUUCCGAGCCCGUUAAAGCAGCUGAAGGCGGAGCAGGCGACGGUGACGUUGGAUGACAACUGCUUGUACAGCUGUCCGUUAACGUUCUUCUUUUGUCAGGGGGCUGAGCAGAAGCCGUUGAGGGUUUGUAGGAAGUUUGGUCCAGUGAUCCCUCGAAGCUUGUGAUUUAUUAAUUAUUAUUUGUAAAUUUAAUCUUCUCUUUUUUUUCUGGUGCCUUCGAUCACUUGUUUAUUCUAGUUUUGAGUUUUAUUUUUAUUUUUUAUUAAGAGGUGGAUUAUGGAGAAAUAAA